AUGCGAGAUAUCGCUAUCACCACCAAAACUUUAAACAACAAUUCAUAUGAAUUGCCUCGUUUGAACGAGAGAUAUCUGUACAUCACCUUGUUCUCUACUGUUAUAGCAUUGGGUUAUUCAAUUCUUCACAUAGUGUUCGACUACGAUUACUUGCGUUUUUCUUCGGUAGGUGAUAUUUCUGGUAGUAAAAGUAGCCCGUUUUAUAAGGCUAAGGCUAAGAUUUUGGACGUUCUCCUAAGAUCAACUGUUUUCGCUGUUACAGCUACUAUUGGAUUCCCUAUCGUCUAUUGGAUAUUCCGCGGUAUUAUUUGGCGAAAUGGACUUUUGGUUGCAAGAUAUGUAUUGCUUUACAAACUACACCGGUCUGGUGAAUAUGUUUCUUUUCCAUUGAGUUUUGAAAUGCUGUUUAUUACUCUGUUCAGCUCAUUUUUCCUCUUUUUAUUAUGGGAGGCAUGCAACACAGGAUUCAAUAUUUAUAUGUCUUUGGGUCCACUUCAUCGAGGUGUGCUUAUUAGUUUCAAGAGUCGCGAUCCAAAUGGUACUCUGAUUACUGGACUCAAAUCAUCGGGCCGACCACUUACAAGAUUGCUUGCAUUCCAGGAGCUGGCAUACAUUUCUCUUAAUGAUAGAGUGAGAAGAGCUUCUAUUUAUAGCGAUAUUGACAGACCAAUUGACCAGUUUGGACCACCACCAGCCAAUGUAUCUAGCAGAUUGCCCAAUAAUAAGAACACCACAUCUGCCUGGGCUGAAAUCUAUGGUGAAUGUAUAUUAAUUGCCGAAGAUCUCACCAAGAAAUUGACUUCAGCCGGAACCAAAAAUAAUACCAAUAGCAACAAACCAUCGGGUGAUGGCUCUUCGACGACAGCCAAAAAUACUCUGGUGAAAGAGACUCACCAACAAGCUGUUACAACUGCUACUUCUCCUCCACCUAUCAAAGUUAUCCGGGACAAUAUUUUCCUUGAUCCCAGCCUAAAUACGAAUCAUAAAAGAACAAAUUCUGAUGCUCUGCGGGCUAGAAUAGUUGACAAUCUUCAAGAUAAGGAAGCACAUCGAUCAAAGGAAGUUAUAUCUGCAAUCACUGAAGCUCGUUCAACAGUUCAAACGUACAUUUCGCAGUACAAGUCUCUAAUUACCAAAUUCCUGGAAGCGAAACCAGGUGCACCUUUCAGAUACACUGUCAGGCGCCAGACCAAUGCCCUCAUCCCAAAUGUUGCUUUAUGUAACGAUGCUCUACUAGCAUUGUCGUACCUAGUAUGUUUCUCUAUUGAUGAAGAUGCUCUAGGUACUGUCCAGAGGUAUAUUCCGGAUAUUCUUUCCAGUUACUACCGGCUAAUCUUGGCCCUGGAAUCUUAUAUCUCAGAUCCACCGGUGCAUUGGUCUAAUCCGGCCUCUACAAUUACCCCAGAACUUAUCAACUCGUCGACUAGACGCGCUAGAGAAGUCCUUGAGGCUGCUGACUCUGCAUUCGAGCUGAUAGCUGUUCGAUUUAGGCCGUAUCUUAGUGGAAUGGGUCUUUCUGACCCCGUUCAACGUCGCGCUGUUCGCGUGGCCACUGAAUCCGAUAUUGCCUUUUAG